AUGACUCAAGACAUGGAAACGCAAGAGCAAUAUCAAUGUGGUGGCGCCCUUCCAGAUCUCCACUCUACCACUUAUAUAUACAAAGGUGUUGAGACGGAAGUCAGGCUGGUGGAGCAUCUGGAAAUCGUCAAAAAGGCACCGUAUUUGGAAUUCCUUGAGGUCGAGUUCGUCUCGAGCAAAUUAGCUGGACCGGAUGAUCUCCAGUUACCCGCGACAACACUACAUAACCUGCAUACCCUUGUGGUCAACGGCUCGAAUGUUUCUAUGUCCAUCAUACGCAACCUGAUCCUUCCGUCUCUGAGACGCCUGAUUUGUGGCCCUUUCGGACCUGCUAACUACCAAAACAUUAAGGGUCUUGUAGACAUGGUCAAACGGAACCGGCCACCUCUGGAAUACUUGGAGAUCUGUAACACCUCCGUGACCGAGUCGACUGAAGACAAAAUCGUUGCCCUUCUUCGACUCUUACCCGACUUGAAAGCUCUUCGCAUGGAGAAAGUCUAUGUCACACCCGAUCUGUUCAACAUAUUGUCCGUAAAAGACACGACAGAGAGUCGUAACGAGUCUCAGAGAGCCGGACAAAUACUGUGCCCCAAACUGAUGGAGUUCUAUCUCAGAAGGAACGGGUACCUCUGCAAUGGAGAGGGAAAGCAGAAGGAGUGCGUUGACUCCUUGUGCAAUAUGCUCGAGGAACGCUGUAAUGCGCUGGGAAUAGUUGGAUCUAUAGAAUAUCGGCCUAUUGAACCAUACCUCGUUGGUGAGAUCCUAUACUUCAGCGUCCCGUUCGUCGAUAUCGGUUGUAGGCAGAUGCGCAAGGCCCUUAGGACGACAAAACAGUUGCAUGUUCGAUUUAAGAAGCCGUUAACUGUUGAGAGCUAG